GACAGAAUGUUGGGAUGGGAAGUUGUUUACUUGUCGUGUUUGGAAUGCUGAUCGCCCUCCAUUUUUCAAAGGAAAUCACCUGUUUUUGAUUUUAUCGAGUCUUUCGACGUUCAAUUUACAUUAUCUUUUUAUCACGUUAAUGGAGACAAUUUUCUUGUGGUGAUUCGUAGCAGAAAAAUGCAUGUCAACGGAAAAGAAUUGAUAACUACCUCUUUUAAAACUGCAACAAUCGAAGGAAGAAUGAAUUACAAAGUUCUCCACCCUGGGAAAUCUAAAACAAAUUUCAAAGAAUUCUGGUUUAAACUGACAGGCAAUCUUCUUUUUUAUUUUGGCCUAAACAAUUUUGGAGGAAUAAAAGGAAAUGAACCUAUCGGUGUGAUAGUUUUAGAAAAUUGUUCUGUAUCGUUUGAUGAAGAAGGUUCUGGGGUAUUUGCUUUCAUUGUUGCUUUCUCUGGUGAUCAAGAUAAGCAUGUUUUCUCCUGCUUCAAUGUGACUCAAGCACAGAACUGGGUCAUAGCCUUGAGGCAAGCCAGCUAUGAGCAUUUGAGAAUCCAAGUCAAGAUUUUGGAGAGCAAGCUAGAAAGCCUUGGUGGAAAGAGUAUUUACAAAUGGAACACUGCUUCUAGUUGUACUCCAACUGGUACAUUAAAAUACCCUACAAACUCCGUAGCUCCUGUUUUACCUGCAAUUCCUAUUUUACCUACACCUCCGGCGAGAAAGCGGAUCGGACCUAAAGCAAAAACAUUUGUGAGUCAUAUGGCUGAUGAUGCGCCGGAGACUAGUUCUCUCAAAAGUAAUAGCAACGGCGCUGAUCAAGAUUUGAUCAGGUGGUGAUAAUGAAAAAGCAUCCCGUCCGCUUAUCAACGUGCCAAUUAAUAAAGAGAUUUAGUUUAGUUUUGUGUAAUUAACAUUCCUCUUUGAACAGAGUAUUGAAAUUUAAUUCGGCUGAUUGUCGCAAUCUAGUCAUUAAAUGAAGAGCUCAAAUAUUCAUACGCUGUACAAUUAUAUCGUGUUUCGUUGUUCCAUUCCAUUAUUUCGCUUGAUCACUUCGGCAUCAAUAGGCAAGCUAAUGUCGCUUUUUGUAAUUGUCCUUCUUUUGAAACUGCUGUACUGUGCACGUUGGCGAUUGUCCUUUUGCACCUGAUUGUGGGUUGACGAUCGAUUGCAAAAGCCGGCCAAGAAUGUGUGAAACAAUUGGUUAUCAACAUUAUACAGGACGAAUCCUCUCCGUCUGUCCCAGCCGAUGUGACUUAUAACCCGAAAAUUUGUUGGUAAACUGAUGUCACCCUUACACAGACCGCUUCUUGUUAAUGCUGUCAAAUUAUACCCAAAGAAUGUGUGUAAGAAUAUGUUUCAAUGAAAUAUCAUUUUUGAAAAUCGA